AUGGAAAAGACUCAAAGGAAUAUUCUGCCGGCUGCCCUCCUGGGGUCAAUUCUGUCUGCUGUACUGGGCUCACUGCAGAUUGGCUACCACACCGGCAACGUCAACGCCCCUGCCAUGGUCAUCCAGGAGUUCUUCAACAGCACAUGGAGGGCCAGGUACAACGUGUCAAUGCCUGACCAGAAACUGACAUUACUGUGGUCGGUGUCUGUCAGCAUCAAGGACUUCGGUGCUCUGCUUGGGGCACUGUGUUUCAAAUACAUGGUAGACUCUUUCGGCAGGCGUAACUCCAUCCUCAUAGCGAACGGGCUGUCUGUAGUGGGGGCGUUGUUGAUGUCCUUGUCCAAGUUGGCAAAGUCCUUCGAGGUGCUCAUCGUGGGCCGGCUGGUGUUCGGAGUGUUCUGUGGGCUGGUCAUGAGCAUGAACCCCCUGUAUGUCCAGGAGGUAUCCCCCACCAACCUGAGAGGAGCCUUUGCCACCCUCAACCAGGUGGCCUACACCUUAGGAAUCCUCAUUGGGAUGGUGGUGGGUCUAGAGACGGCCCUGGGCACCUGGGACCGAUGGGACCUGAUGCUGUGCCUGUCCCUGAUCCCAGCCCUGCUGCAGUACCUGCUGCUGCCCUUCUGUCCUGAGAGCCCCCGCUACCUGCUGCUCACACGAGGCCAGGAGGCCAAGGCUGAGGCCGCCCUGUUGAGACUGAGGGGCAAUCCAGACAUGGUGCGGAAGGAGCUGGAGGAGAUGAAGGAGAGGGAAACCAACACCAAGGCCAGCAUAAGCAUCCAGCAGUUCUUCACCAAGGCCUCCUACCAGCAGCCUAUCCUAUUGGUGGUGAUGAUUGCCCUGGGCAGCCAGCUGUCGGGCUUCAACGCCAUGAUCAAUUACUCCACCAAGAUGUUUGAGGAUGCCUUCAGUGAAGCCAAAUACCUGACGCUGGGUGUGGGCGCUGCGAACCUGACCUUCUCUGUGGUGGCAUUCUUCCUGAUGGAGAAGGCUGGGCGGAGGAAGCUGCUGCUAACGGGGUUCCUAAUCAUCUUAGUGUGCAACCUGCUCCUGACCAUCGUGGACGGCCUACAGACCCUGGUGCCGCAACUUCAGUUCCUGCAGGUAGUUGCGGUGUUCUGUCUGGUCGCUGCUUACGAGCUGGGUCCCGGACCCAUCUCCUGGUUCAUCGCCGCCGAGCUGUUUGACCAGCAGGCCCGGCCUAUCGCCAUGGCUUUUACCAGCAUGUUAAACUGGGGAGGGAAGUUCCUUCUCGCCCUCAUCUAUCCCCCGUUACUGGAUGUGUUGGGCGGCUACGUCUACCUGCUCUUCAUGGCCAUAGCUCUAGUUUCCCUCUGCGUCACCUGGUUCCGGAUGCCGGAGACCAGGGGCCGCAGCUUUGACGACAUCGCUGAGGAGUUCCGCGGGGCAGAGGGAAUUCUCAUGCAGAACAAGAGUCACUUCAACACUUUUUAA